AUGACAUACGUCGAGGUCAAGACGCUCCCGGCGUUCUCCCCGCUCAUCUCGGUAGAGGCGCUCCCGACCAUUGCCCUCGUCGCGCUCCUCGCCGCCUUCGCCCUCACCUUCUUCCUUACUACUCUCUCCAAGGCUCCCGCCCAGGAGCUGGGCGUUGCGCUUCUCGCCGCCUUCCUCGCCGGUGCGGGAACAGUCGCCCUGUUCUGCACCGUCGGUGUCUACGUGUAA